CCUGCGCCGCUGUCAGUCAGAUGUUUGUCAAACGCCCGAAACGUCAGAAGAAGGGUGCGAAAGAGGGAAGAGAAAAUUUUUCUACACGUAGUUUUUUAAUCUUCCAUCAAGAUCGGUACCGUAUCGAAAGACGAGUGUAACCAAAAUACGGACCAUUUUCCCCGUUCCCGGUGACUGGGUGUAACACUUCCGUGACCUCUCCGGCUACAGUGCUGUUGGCCACUCGCGGAAUUGUGCCCGGGGGUGUUUUGUGUGUGUGCAGUGAAAUGUAAUCAGAGUGUUGUCCCCAAUUAGUGCAUCUCCGCGGAGGGUGACAAACGGCAGAACGAUCGGUGCAUCUUGGUGGUCAUCUUGCACGUGGGGAUUGGUUGGUGAAUCCCGCUGAAACUGAGUAAUCGUACGCUGGUCACAAGAUGUUUAAACGACUAAAGGACAAAAUAGCCGAGGAAGUCAAACAGUCGCCGCAACGGUUCGACCAAAUAUCGAAAGGGUUGCAGGCCGCCGUUAGCUCCGCAUCCUCAACUACCUCCGAAGUGUCUGGCAGUGAAAACUUUUUCAGCAUCACGGAAGAUGAUACACCGCAAAACUCACCCCAGAAGGGAAACUCGAGCACUCCCGUACAGCCAAACAACAGCAGUGCCCUGGCCAACACAUCCGCCAGCAGCUCCGUACCAUCGAACACCAGCCUUAACAAUGGUAUCUCCCCAUCAACAUCGGUCACCAGCCCAGGUUCUGCGCCCGGCAACAGUUCCACCAGUUCCGCAUCGCAGCAGCGCACCCGUCGCCUGUCGAACUCAUCGAUGGCAAGCGACGUGUCGUUCCGUCUUCCAGUGUACGACUCGCCCGCCAUCUACCAUCUCGAAACGGAUGUGGACAUAUCGGCGAGCGAGACGGAAUCCGUGUCCGGCAGCGCUAACGCCAACCAGCUAGAUCUGGUGAGCAAAGACAAGCUUUUCCAGGCCUACAAAAAAGCGCUCGAUCGGUAUCAGAAGUAUCGGGAGCGGUACACCGAGCUGGCCCGUCGUUACCGCGAGCUCGAGAAAGACAACACCAAGGCCCGGGCGGUGUUGGUCGAAACGCAGGAUAAAGCUCUCCGCCGGAUGAGUGAACUGCGCGAACAGUGUGUACUCGAGCAGCAGGCAAAAGCUCACCUCGAUUCGGCACUCCGGAUGGAAAUUGACGAACUGCAGUGUGUGGUGAAAACGCUCCGCUCCAAGCUAGAACUGGUCGGUGAGAAUGGAAACGCUAGCGGCGGAGAAAAGGAUCUCAUAUCGCUAUCCGGCACGGAAGACGGUACCAACGGGAACGAUGGCCACGUUCCGGUACGCGAUACGGGUCCGCUGGAGGAUCGCAUAAAAGCACUCGAAUCGAAACUAAACGAAGAGCUUCGUCAAAAGGCCGUCCUUAGUCUGGAGGUGAGCGAGCUAAAGAAACGCGAAGAAGAACACACAAUUACCAUAGCGGAAAACAAAAUGGCAAUCCAUUCCGAGCUCGAGGCGAAAGAGGCCGAAGUGCGAAAGCUGAAGGAACAGCUAGCAAGCUUGGAGAAGAACAUGAAGCAGACGCUGCUCGAGAAGGAUGGGCUGGGUAAGGAGCUGUCCGAAGUGCGCAAGGUCGCGGGCAAGGUAAAGGAGCUCGAAAGUACACUCAGCACGUGUAACGAUCAGAAGAACAAGCUCGAAUCGAAGUUUAUCGAUUUCGAGCGUACAAUUAUGGAGCUGGAGAAGGACAAACAGCAGCUUAAAGCCACCAACCUCACGCUGGACUAUGAGAAGGGUGAGCUGCAGAAGAAAGGGUCGGAGGUGGAGGCGAAGCUGUCGGCAAUGGAAAAAGAAAAGGAUGGUUUACUCGUGCAAUUGCAAGAGCUACAGAAAACCGCUCAAUCGCUCGAUAAACAGGCUGAGAUUGAAACGCUCAAGCAGGAGCUGGAAGUGGCCCAGAAGCGUGAGAAAGAGCUGCAAACCCAAGUGCAAGAGCUGCAGAAAACCGCUCAAUCGCUCGAUAAACAGGCUGAGAUUGAAACGCUCAAGCAGGAGCUGGAAGUGGCCCAGAAGCACGAGAAAGAGCUGCAAACCCAAGUGCAAGAGCUGCAGAAAACAGCCCAAUCACUCGACAGAAAGGCUGAAAUGGACACACUCAACCAGGAGCUGGAACAGACCAAAAAGCGCUUGGAGGAUUCAACUGUAAAGGCUGCGACGGUCGAAAAGCAAUUGAGCGCGAAGGAGCGCGAGCUGGCCGAGCUUCAAUCGUCCCAACAAUCCCUCGAGCAGAAGGUGAAAGAAACGGAAGCACGUUUAGCCGAACGGGAAAAGGAAAUUGAACGGCUGCAGAAGCAGCAAACCGAGCAAAGCGCUAAGGAGCGUGAGGAAAGCGUGCAAAAGCUUCAGAAAGCGGAAGAGGAACUUGCCGCGUUCCGCAAAUCGCAGUCGCUCGAUCAGGAGAAGCUGCUCGAGCUGACGCAAGCGCUGGAUGCCGCCAAGGAACUGCACGAUCGCGAUCGCAAGAGUAACGAGACGAGCCUGAAGGAGCUGGCCGAACGGAACAACGAUCUGUCCGUGCAGCUGGAGCAAUUGCGCGAGAAGCAGGAAAAAAUGACCAGCAAGCAGAAGAAAAUCGCGGACGAAAAGAAUGGGCUGCGUGCGACGAACGAAGAGCUGUCGAAGGAGCUGAAGCAGGUGCGCCAAGAGCUGAAACAGCUCACCGCCCAAAAGGAAGCGCUCGCCGAGGAGGUGCGCAAUCUGAAGAUAAUCAAUGAAAAUUCGGAAUCCGAAGCACUCCGCUCGCUGCAGGAGUCGAUGGCUGCCACGCUGGCAGCGGCCGAAGCGAAGCGGCUCGAAACGACGCGCACUCUGAACCACAAGAUGGAAGUGCUGAUGGGCGAAAAUCGAACGCUCAGCGACGAACGGGACGAGCUGGCGGAGAAGCUGGAAACGGCUCACGAGGAGAAGGCGGAGCUCGAGACGGAGCGGACCAAUUUGCGCGCGAAAAUAGAAACCAUCCGCGGCGAGAAGCGUGAUCUGGAGAAGACGCUCGAGCGUGAAAUUCGAGAAAAGACGGAACUGAAGGCGCAGGUCGAAAACAUCCUGCAGGAGAUCGGUCGGCUGGAGGAGCAGCUGAAGGACAUUAAGGAAGCACAUUCCAGGCUGCAGGAGGAAAAGCAAACGCUCGAGGAGAAGAUCGAACGGUUGCAGCGCGAACACUGUGAGGCACGGGUCAAGCUCGAGAAGGACACGCUCGGCAAGCUGCAGACGAAGGUGAAAGACCACGAAACGAAGCUCCAGCAGGUGGAGUGUGAAAACUCGCAGCUAGCCGAGAAGAACUGUUUGCUCGAGGAAAGUAGCCGCCGGACGAGCGAAGAGCUGAAAAAGCUUACCGCAGCAUUGCGCGACGCGGAAGCACGCGUCACGGAGGAGAAGGACAAGAGCGGCCGGCUCGAGCAACAACUCAGCCAGUGUACCGGUGAUCAUGCGCGGCUGUUCAACGAGAAGGAACUGCUCGACCAUCAGCAUCGUUCGCUGCAGGAUGCGCUGGAAGCGCGGGAAAAGGAGAAGCUGUGCGUGCUCGACACGAACAAGUGUCUCGAGGAGGAGCUGACGAAGGUGCGCAGCGAGAACGACUACCUCAAGGGGAAGCACAGCGAGCUGAAGGCGCUGCUCGAGAGCGACAAACGAAGACUGAUGGACCAGAACGAUGCGCUCCAGCGGCAGAUGGAGGAGCUGGCGAAGGAGAAGCAGUCGCUCGGCCGGAACGCGACUGAUCUGGAGAAGCGCCUGGCGAGCUACGAGGAGGUCAAGAUCGAGAACGAGUAUCUCAACACGUUCAACAAGCAGCUGCAGGGUGAGCUGCAGGAAGCGAAGGGGCGCGUCACCGCCAAGGACACGGAGCUGGCGACGGUGCGCACGAAGCAAUCGCAGACGGAAGCGAUGCUGGAAGAGCGUGACCAAGAGAUCACCAAGCUCAUCAACGAGUUUGUGGCGAAGGAAAAGAAGCAGGAGGCGGACCAGCGGCAGCGGCUCGAUGAGCUGGAGCAACGGCACCGGACGGAGCUGGACGGUGUAACGAGCCGCGUGAAAGGCGAGUGUGAGGCAAGCUUUGCCGAUGAAAGGAACGCGCUUAAGGACGCGCAGCAAGCUUUGGAGCGGCAGCUGGAGGACGCUCGCCGUGAGCAAGACACACUGGCACAGAAGCUCGCGGAACAAUUGCGCCAAAAGGAGGACGUUGAAAGGGAACUGCGGCUCGAGAAUGCCAACUUCGCGCGUGACUUGGACGAGCUGAAGAACGAACUAAAUGCCGCCAUCGUCGAAAAGCUCGGUCAGGUGAAGGAACACGAGCAAGCGACAAUGGUGCUGGUUGCGGAAAAGGAACGCCUUGAAGCCGGCAACGAGCAGCUGCGUACCCGGUUGGCCGAAUUUACCACCGAAACGGAGCAGAACGUGCGUCGGUUCGAGGCGGAAAUAGAGCAGCUGAAGCGUGAUGCCGCUGCGUCGGGGGCCGGCGUGACCGGUGGCGAGCAAGCGGAUGGUACGGCGGUAACGGCCGACAGCCAACAGUCGUACGAUGAGCUGCGCAACAAGAAGGAAGAGCUGGAGAACAAGCUGAAAAAGAUAAUGCACGAAGUGCAGGACGUCUCCAACCGGAACCUGUUUCUGGAGCAGAAGUGCGAGAACUAUCUUAUCCUGGAGCAGUCGAACGAGCGGCUAAAGCUGGCGAACGAUAAGCUGUCCCGGCAGCUGGACGAAACACUGGUGUCCAUGCAUCACAAUGAAGGCAUUGCCGCCAAUACGGAGUUCGAGUACUUAAGAAACAUUCUAUUCCAGUAUCUCAGUGGCAGCGUUACCGGCAACAACAGCACGCUCGUGAAGGUGAUAGCGGCCGUCCUGAAGUUUUCUCCACAGCAAACGCAGGUUGUCAUCGAAAAGGAGGCGCAUCGGAGAUCAUUGAUGGGACAGAUAAACAAUCUACUAUAGCAGGAAAAGACGAUGGCAAUGCAACAGUCACCGAGCCAGCAGUAUCACCACCGCAAGGGAGGAUAUGGUUUUCAUCUUUUCUAGUGCGCCGCUCCCCGUCGUGAUACGUCUCCGAUGAUUCGAUCGAUUUUGUUUCGUUUUUUUGAUGUCCUUUUUUCUUGUUCUUUGUUUUAUAUCAUACUGACGUAGAGAGGGGGGGAUUAGUGGCGAUUGUAUUUAUAUAGUUGUUAUAUUAUUUGUUCAUUUAUAUCGUACCGUUAAGUGGUCGCGCAACCCCUUGUGUAUAUGCCGGGUUAACCCUUUCCAUCGUUAGAACCGCGGAUUCAUUUUCACUUUCCCAAUAAUGCUCCGUUCUAUUAACACUCCCUCGCGUACAUGUUGAAAAGAAUGAAAGGCGUGUGAGAUUAAGGAAAGCUGAAAGCAAAACAAGGACAACCGAGAAGGUGGCAAAACGCCGUAUGAUAAACGGAAACACACUUAGCUAGAACAAGAGAGAGAGAGAGACAAGGAUGGCAAGGAUGUGCAAAGCAAAUGUGUUCAUUCAUCGUACGAUGCGAAACGUUUCGAUCACUUUAAAAACACAGGAAAAUUCUCGCAUCAGCCAAUUUACUACUAUAUUACGACGGUACCUACAUUACGGCAACCGGGAGAGUAAGGCAAAACGGGCCCUCCAUUCACCCCCAAUACUGAUCAAAAAACCCGUGACAGGCGGCCCUACCAAGCAUUACACAUUUAUACAUAUUAGUUAGCUGUUGUUUGGGCCACCACCCGGCUGGCCACUGGAGUAGUCUGGUGCCGUAGCGGAAAGAUUAGAUGAAUUUAGAGCAAAAAAAAAAACGAUACGAUUGAAACUACCUUAGACGGUGAUUCACUAACAUUUACUGAGUGCAUUUUAAUUUUACUCCUUGUAAUUUUCCUUUCCUUUGCUUUGCUCCGGUGAUCUUUCGGGUGCGAAAGCAUUUGGUUGUGUUGUUUCGUAAAGCGCUAUUUAACGCUAAACUCGUGCAAAUAUUAUGUUAACUUCUGUUAGUUGUUUAUUUUAGUGUUCGGAUGUAAUGUAUCGGCUCGGCAUAUACACUAUACGACACUGUAUCGAAUGUAUUGGUGGAGAGUAAAUGAUAGUGAGACAGGCAGAGAGCUAUAUAUACGAAUCAUUCAACAUAACAUAAAGAAAGGGGAGCCUUUAGACACGGUGAAACGAUUAGAGAAAGAAACGAAAGAAAGAAAGAGCUCCAAAUGCAGCAUUUCCCAUGUAUGUACAGGGUUUGUCAAUUGAUAGUGUAAAAGCAUCGAUCUUUUUUGUAGGCUGUUUAGAUGAAAUGCUAAACAAAGCUAGUAUGCCAUGGGAACGGCUUCAAAUGACAGGGCGAUCAAUUAAGGCUAGGCUACUUGAUGCGAGAUGCCCAAAAAGAUUAUGGUUAAAUCGGAGCGAUUGGCGAAAUUUUUCCGUCAAAAUCGUCUCGGUUCAUUGACCCGCAUAGCAACGACAGAGAGGGCUAGAAAGAAGCGAAAUCAUUCCGGGAAAUGUAGCCUGGCUUUUAUCUUUUAUUGCGAAGUUACGAGAUGAUUUUGAAAUCGAAACCUGUCAGCGCCACUGUAAUAUUAUCGGCUCCGAUUACAAUAUCAUCUGGUACGAUCACAAUGAAAGAACAUAAAUUUCCCUGUCAUCUGAAGCCAUGUCAACUAGCGCUGUUUACUAUUUCAUGUGAAGAGUUUACAAAAAGGAACGAUGCUUUUACAUUAUCAAUUGAAACACACGGUAAUACACACAGAACAGCAGAGCAGUAGCUGCUGUAGGUGCUUACGCUGCGUCGCUUUGGAAAACGCUCUUUUAAACCCAUGAACACACGGAUGAAGGACAAGCUUUGUUUUUGCCCCCGUAGCCGAAAGCAAUAUCCUUGUGCGAAUGAAGCAAGCGGCCAUUCCGAUACCAAUUUUCCGCCUUUUUUUUCUAGCAAAAAAAUGAACGAUGGAGAAAGACCCAUCCAUCGGAAUGAACUUUGCUCUGCCGUGGAUUGGAAAUGAGCUACCAGUUCCUCGUUUUAACAGCGGAAGGAUGUAUUUUAGUACCAUCGGCAGUAGAAUUAGUACGCGCCACAACUACCACACUUCUACUCAGUACACUAAAAUACACACACACUCACACACAGUAUUCUCUCGACUAGUUGUAACGAUGGAUAGGAAUGAAUGAGCUUUCUGCUUUGCGCUGAACCGCCAACCGGUUUGUUGUAAUAAGGUAGCCACGUUAAGGAACGUUUAAGGAACAGUUAUUAAAUUCUUUAAACAAAUAGCAAAACAAACAAACAAACAAACACUCACACAAACAAAAA